AGUUGGUGCCGGCGGGAAGGUUGUAGCGCGGUGCAUUGCUGCACUCUCGCCGGGUUCUGCGUGGGCGCGCCCCCCUGCACGGCGGCGACCGGACAGCGAGCUUUCUCCAGGCUCCUCGCAUUCCGGAUGAUUGUAAAGUCCUGAUCAGUGGCCACUGAAUAUAAUUGACCCAGAAUAGGAAGAUGGCAGCAAAUCCUUCAGGACAAGGUUUUCAAAAUAAAAAUAGAGUUGCAAUUUUGGCUGAACUGGACAAAGAGAAAAGAAAAUUACUUAUGCAGAACCAAUCUUCAACAAGCCACCCUGGAGCUAGCAUCUCGCUCUCCAGACCCUCUCUUACCAAGGACUUCCGGGACCAUGCUGAGCAGCAGCACAUUGCUGCCCAGCAGAAGGCAGCUUUGCAGCAUGCUCAUGCACAUUCCUCUGGCUACUUCAUAACUCAAGACUCUGCAUUUGGGAAUCUAAUUCUUCCUGUUUUACCUCGCCUUGACCCCGAAUGAAGAAAGUGCCGGCGGCGAUAAGGGAACUUGUAAUAUCAAAUGUCAAAGUUCUCACUCAGCUCUAUACAAACUGACUUUCAGAACUUUGGAGAACUUAGCUUUUGUUUCUUUAAAGAAAGGAAUGAGUAAGUGAGGGAAAGAGAAGAGGAGCUGGGCGCUGAGACCUCGGGGAGCGGCGGCGGCGAGGACCUGGCUGUGCUGGCCAAGGCGGACUUCUUUGUAUUGCCAUUGGACUUUCCCUUGGACUCAGAAUUGCUUAGUCUCAUGAAAUCUGCAUCACCUUCAACAAGGACUGAAUGAAUUAUCAUGUGGGAAGCCUUGGGUUUGACCCCAUCACUGCACAUACAAGCUCUAAGGACGGCACAUGCCUGUGAUCUCAGCACUAGAGGAAUCGAGGCAGAAGAUUGGAAGUUCAAGGCCAUCCUUGCCUAGGUAGUGAUUUUGAGACCAGUCUAAGGUAUAUGAGACUGUGCCUCAAAAAUAACCAAAAUCACCCAAAAAAGCCAUUAAUAGUCGUAACUUUAAAGAGACGAAGAUGCUUUUUAAAAAAGUGAAGAGCGGGCUUACACACUUUGUGGUUGCUUGUGCUAAGAAACAAGCUAUCUAGAAAUAGGCUCUAAGCUAAUAACUACUUCCAAGAAAACUCGCCAGUCAGACUCAUCUUAAGUCUUUUUCAAAUAAAUGCUACAGUGGUAGCAAAUGAAUGAUGUGACUAAAUACUGUUAUGAAAAGCAGCUUAAGUAAUGUGGCAGCUGUAAGUGGAUGUGUACUCUCAUUUCAUGUUGCUGCAGAAGUGGUGGGCCUGAGUGGUUUUAUUUUCUAUUUUUUAUCUAAUUGAAGACUUAAAAUUAGGCAAAUUAAGGCCUUUUAAAUCAUUUUACAUAAGGUUAAACAAGUUGCUCAACAGGGCCAAACUUGAACAAGAACAGAGGUGCUUAUUUAUAUCUGUACCUCCCACCACCCUCCCUUUGCCCUAUAGAAUUAGAAUUUGAUUAAAGUGUGAAAAGUAUGGCUUAGAGAGUCCUAUAAUACCUUACACAAAGAUGUCAUGAUUAAAAUUCUAUUUUAUGAGGGAGUUACUUUGUAAGGAUCCUGUCAUUUUCUGUACCCAAGGAUUGACCCUAGGACUUUAACAGUUAUGGAUGUGUUUUACCGAACCUCAUCACCCCGGGUAACUGACUGCAUCUGCAUCCUCUCUGCUGUUGGAAUUUAAACAUCUUCAGUUGGGGCAAUAUUCAGUGUUACUCCCUUCUGAUAGUGUGCUAUAGGUGUUGUCACCAGCCACAUCCACCGUCCUGCUCAGUGUACGGGAAGCAGCAGUGAGCAGUCUUCCUGGUUCUCCACGGAGUCACCACACUGCACCCUGUGUCUGCUGCUGACCCAGGGGCCAUCCAGCUUUCCUCUGCACCUCCUAGUAGUCUUCCUCUUGCAUUUCUUGGAGUUUCUGUGCAGUGAGAUCCGUGACUUACUGACAUGAUUCUGAAUCUGUCUACUGAUGUUAGGAAGAGAAAAGGGUUUCCGCUGUCGAAACCUUGCCUACUAUGUGACGUUGUAAUCUAGGUGCUUGUUUUCCCUUCCUGUGUCAGAUCAAAUACCCGGAUGGGAACAACUCAAGGGAGAAAGGGCUGAUCUAGAUUCACAGUUUGAGGCACAGUCUGUCAUGGUCAGGAAGGUCAAGGCAGCAGGAGCUUGAAGCAGUUGGCCACAUCUCCUCCACAGUCGAGAACUAGAGAACAAAUGGAUUCUACUGUGCUGUCUUUUUGUAACCAGUAUUCUAGCCAGGGAGUGAUGCCACUCAUCAGUGGGUGGAGCGUCUACCUCAGUUAAUACUAUCAGUAAUUCCCUAAGGCAUGCCCAGAGGCUCAUCUUGUAGUGGUUCUAGAUGUUGUCAUGCUAACAGUCCAGUCCCAUUAAUCAGGAGGACUUUCCAAUGGUCCUCUGCUUCGGGUACGUACCCAUUUCUGUGGGUACCUAUUAAUAUCUACUCUGGUAUAUGCUGUGUUUGAGGGACAAAAAGGUCACAGAGAGGGAGGUGACAUUUUUGAGGACCCCACUCUGGCAUUCAAGUUGUCAUAAAGUAAGCAGUUAGGGCCCAAGACAGGCAUCUUGGAGUAGACUGCAGUCUGACCGGGGCUGGAAGUCUGUAGAUGACAGAACUGGCAAGGGACUGAAGGGACACCCAAGCAAAGGUCACAUUUCCAGCCAAGCCCAGUGUGGUGGAUCAUGCCUGUAAUCCUAGCACUCAGCUAAGGCAGGAGAAUCACUAUGAAUUCAAGGCCAGCCUGGGCUACAGAGUGAGAGCACAACCCUCUCCCAACCCCCAAAGAAGUAUGAAAAGGAAUGAGUUUCAGGGAUGAAACUGCAGUGUUAAAGCUAGCGCUGGACUCGGUUGAAGCCUGAGUGAAUCCGUUGCUGGGGUCACGGGUGGGUGCCGUGGUGACGCACACUAUAAUCCCAGAACUCGGGAGGCAGAGGCAGGCAGAUUUCUGAGUUUGAGGCCAGCCUGGUCUACAGAGUGAGGUCCAGAGCAGCCAGGGCUACAGAGAAACCCUGUCUCAAAAACAAAAAAUAGGAACAGUACACAACUGACUGUUGUACUUAUUUAGGCCAAUGUUUUUUAAAGUACAAGUCUCAGCCUGUUUGAGCUGAAAAGGCAGCUUGAUGGUUUAAUGCAUUGUAUCAGCAUUAAAUAAACAAACAAAAAAAAUAGAAAAAUA